ACGCGUCUUCACAGUGGAACAUUACCAUUUUCUCUAUCGGUAUUCUCUUAUACUCUGGGUCUCGGCCUCCCUUUAUACUCUGGGCUGCUCAGUGCAAAGCCACACACUUUGCCAUGCGACCGCCAGUGCCCCAAACAUAGCCCCAGCUUCCGCAGACAGUCGUCCCGCCCCACCUCGAUCUCAGCUUCGAACGGCUUCGGGACACUCCUUACGAUAUCUCUCCUUCCGUGCUGUCGUUACCGCUUCGCCCUUCCAUUUCUUUUACUCGCGAUUUUUCAUCGUAUUAUAGACAUUAUAUCGUAUAGAAGACAAAUAACAGAGCUCCUCGUCGUGGACUCCACUCGCGUCAACGACAAGUCAUUCAACCAACUAUCUAUUUUGACUUUGCCGUUGUACUUUGCCAUCUCAUCCAUCUACUAGAUUAUUACGACAGGCCCACAUCAUGGACAUCCUCCAUAAAUUCAGCAACAUCCGAGGUCGAUCACAUACUACCUCUGCCGAUGAUGUACCGCCUCGGCCAACGGCCGAUGAGUGGUACAUCCCCUAUACUGGCCGAAUAUCGCCUCCGUCCCAAGUUCAAACCAAUGAAACGGAAGCUAAAAGUCAUCGAGCUCCCCAUAAAUCGGCGUCUCAUGGCAAUCUGUUGAGUGUCAUGUGCGGAGGUGGUCUGGGAGAUGUCGCCACCUUGAAACCCCACGGAAAAGGGAACAGACGAGGCCAGGAAGACUUUGUCAACGCUGCUGCAGGAGGUCGAAAAUACCACUCUCGACAUCAAAGAGGUGCAUCCACUUCGGCGCUCUCCCCGUCAUCACAUUUGAACAAGUCCCACCAUGCAUCACUCUCCCCAUCUUACACCUCGGUACCAACCGGCCUAGCGGAACCCAACAUAUUAUUCUCUCCCCUCAACCGUCAAUUAAGGGAAAGUACCAAAGGCACCAGAGAUGAUACUCCUAGGUACGCACGCGGUUCGUUCCUUGACCAUCAGGAUAUGGACCGUGAGAAACGACAGCGGACGGUAUCUGCUCCUCAUCGGCCAAAACACCAGCAGCAUGAUCUUUAUACUACCAAGGAAGAACCUAGGCAAUGGGAGCCUUCUUCCAGCAGUGAGCUGUUCAUUUUCCCCCGUCCUAAUCUGCUUGCUCAACCGCUGCAAGACCGGCAUGGCAGACGUAGCAGCAUAGGUAGUCUUACGACAAUGACGACGUCCGAUGACACUGAAAAAGUUUUGGAGAAUGGUAAAGCAAGGAUGAGGGAAAGGGAAGAAUGGGCAGGUUAUGUCGAGAGAAGAGGACGAGCUAUCAGUCUAGGUUGCCGUGCAGAACCGCCACCAGAUGCCCUACCUGUUGGUAACACAAAAGCACGAGAAAGAGAACGACGUCGCAGCAGAGAAAGGGGUAAGAGCAACUCAAUGUCCAGUUUGAAUUUGGGAAUCAUACAAGGGAGAAAAAGGUCUACAUCGUUGGGAAACCGGUGGACACGGCACAGUGGAGGCUCGUCCGUAUCAGAGAAGGAUAUUCGUAAAAACGAUCGAAAUCGAGGGCUUCUGGAGCCCGUUGCAAGUGAGAAGCCAAGCGAGAUCCCAGAAAGGUUUACCUUUGCCAAAUCUGCCUCUACUAUCAAGCGCGAUGGAUUCCCGGCCAAAAGGCCUGAUGCCUCCAACUCCGUUUCACGCCAUAGGUCAGAGUCUCCAGUCCCUCAAGGUCUGUAUACUCCUGGCCACACUAGGAGUCAUCCAAACCUCCUCAAUAGCUUUGCCUCUAGUAAGCCAUCAUGCAAUCAACCCCCGGCCCCUCAUUCAGGUCCAUCAUUACACUUUAAACAACCUUCCGUUGCUGAUAGAGGUCUGGUCGUCGUCGUCGGCCGAGGAACGCCUACUCAACGGGCAACAAAGAUGGAAAGGACAAAUAAUAUCCUGCCACCACUCGAUCUGUCAAAGCCUUUGCCUAAUUUGCCGCCCGAGGCAGACUUGCUCGUCAUUCCAAAUGAUCUGCCCGUGUCACCUUGCCCUGAUUCUAUCGGUGUGGCGAUAUCGCCAGAUACGGGAGGUUUUGAGGCCCCACAAGCUCCCGUGGAACGGGUUGAUACUCCAAGUCCUGCAACUGCAAACGCAGAUGAAGGAUUAGCGCUACCCCCCUUGUCACCUGUGGUUGACACUAGCCGGAUUGCCCCUGAAUCCUCAGUCAGAUAUUCUCAAGAUUCUAGACAUUCGAUCGAGGAGAAACGCCUUUCCAAUGGGUCUACAGGAUCAUCAAAAGCACGAGCCUUUUUAGCCAAGCAACAUCAACGGGCACGUCUUAAGCAAGCUUUCCAAUCGCCGCUCCAAAGUCCAUUGGGCUACCGCCGGCAGGAAUAUAAUAUAUCACCUGUUAAACCUCUAGCGGUGUCGACGUCGACAAACAUCAGCAAUGUGAAUACGACAGCGACAUCUGCAGCUUUUGAAGCUGCCAACAAUUCGUCUGCUGUGUUGCCAGUCCCUUCUCUGAGGUCUGUUAAUGGUGGUUAUACGAAUGCGAGAAAGGGAGAAACGGCCGCCAGUGUAGGUGUCAUGGACGAACAAGAAAAGAGCGGGCCCACCGCAUUUGGCGGUGCUAAUGAUGAGAUGGCCUGCACCAAAGCAGAAAUGAAAGGCAGAAAGAAGGAGUUCGAUCCAAAGUUGGGUGAUACUCCAAGUACGGCCGCGGAUGAAGACUUUCAAGGAUUGUUCUUUCGAACCCCUAUUGACUCACAAACUACGUCAAGUCUUCCCUCCCAUGAUACAUCAUCUCUACCCGCCAUUCCCUACACCCGACAGACUAGUAGUCCUGGCGAAGUGAAACAGUCCCAGACGGUUGUAUAUCAGACGGAGCAAGAAUUGUCCGAGGGCAAAUUUCGUCCAGUAUCCGAAGGCAGCGAUGAUGGGACGUAUUUGGAAAUCGGGACGCCCGAAAUGCCGCUGAAUGAUCAAACCUUGGCUGCAGAUGAUGUUAUCUCCUCCGGCCCUAAGAAACUUUUAGCGCCGAUCACGAUAGGUGAACCUCUGGAUAUCCAACCAAGAAAAUUAAAUGCGAAAAAGAAUGGUGGGAGUGAAGAGGCAGCAAAUUCCUUUGAAACCUUUUCUGCUCAAAAUACUCCAUCUACUCCUCCUCGGGUAUCUGUAUCAACCGACUCGAUCUCUGCUCCAGUUUCUCCUUCCCUUCCCGAAUCAGGCACUAUCCCUGCCCAGAACCCUUCCAUCUUGCCGUCGCCUGUGACAUUUUCCGUAUCUCAUCAACGGUAUCUUGUCAAUCCCGCAUAUCCUUCUUACUCUCUCAAUUUUCCUAGUCCUCAACAAAAAGGAAGAUCGCCGUCUUGGACUCGUAGGAGAGAUUCAAGAGGCGAUAUACCAUUGUCGCCUACGAUCAAUGGUUAUAGAGACUCAAUGGCUAUCAGUUUUGUGGAUAAGUUUCCAAGUCCACCUCAGAGGUAUCAGCAGGAAGGUGAGGCAGAGGAGAAGAUUUAUAGCCCCGUACGGGCUACACAUGAGAUUGAUCCCUGACAGUGUAGGACGGGAGUUUCGACAACACCAUGAUUGACGUUGAUUUGUAUGAUCACAUAUUAGGUUUGUAGCCAUAAUUAGCGCCUUGAUUUGUAAUGGGUAUGUGGGAUAUAAUGAGAAUCGAAUUUUGAUGGUUAUCAAUUUCACGGUAUUCUUGUUUCUCA